AUGGACCGUGCAGCUCCUCGGUUGGCUGGGCCAAACACCGCGGCCGCCAUUCUGGGCGAGCGCAGGCCAGCACCGCCCUGGGUCACACAUGAGCAGCCCGUGGACCCCGUCGUGCCGGAGAGUGUGGCGCUGCAAAGGGUGGGCAAGGAUGGCCGGAAGCUGGACAAGGAUGGCGACCCGAUAGGCAUGUUCUUCGUCGACGAAAGCCGGAAGCCUCAGCCACCACAAAAGGAAGCCUACAUCAGCAUCGAGGUGCGCUGUGAGACGCAGCCUGAGGAGCGCGUGGCCAUCAGCGGAUCCGACUGGCAGCUAGGCUCCUGGAAUCCCAAGGAGUCUUGGUACCUCAACACCUCGCCCGAGACGUAUCCUCUCUGGCGGGACCGUAUCCCGAUGCCAUCGCCCGGGGGUCAGUUCAAGGUCUUCAUCAAAAACACCGUGGGCGACUUCGUUUGGGAGCCGCUGCCCUGCAACAGAACCUGGCCACGGGCAGGGUUGGCCCCGGACGCGCAAGUCAGGCUGGUGUUUGGGGAGAGCGGCAUUUCGACACUGACCAUGGGCCGGUCGCGUGAGAAGCCCGUCGAGGUUCCAGAGGAGCCAAAGAGAACCUCCAAGUACGAGACCUACGCGAAGCCUGCGGAGGCUGCAGACGCGCCAUUUACCUACAAGACCUACAUGGCCUACCCAUAG